AUGUGUGCCUUUAGAUACGGCCAACGACAACAGCCUCGGGCUGCCUCUUACGAGAGGACCGCUGGCUACGAGAGGCGCCGCAGCCCACCAUCCUACGAGAGUGACGAAGACUCUCAGGAAUACACGGACGAGGACGACUACUACGACGACGACGUUCAACCUUCUGAUUCUGCCUCCACAAACCACGGCGGCAGGCCACAGCUACGCACCCGCCCCUCGGAACAAGCCGCCGCGAGGCGCCAACAACGCCCAGCGGCUAGACAAGACGCCUCCUACCAUCAGCAGGUGCAGUCUUAUGCACCCGCCGCACCGCCCAGCGUGGAUCCGUCCGAAGAAUACGGCCACUAUGGCCACUAUGGCCAUGGCCAGCAUCAGCAGCACCCAGCUGGUCGCAACGGCUACUACGGCCGUGGACAUCCGUCUUACCCCCCUCAGCAGCAGAACCAUGUAGGCCCCUCCAACGCUGGCAGCUAUUAUGGAGGGGACCAGAGGGACAUGUAUGGUAUGAUGCCCUAUGGCGCUCCGCCUCCAAAUCCCUACUAUAACGGACCGCCUGGGGCCCACUACAACAACUUGCCACCUCAUAUGCAGCAAUACCACUUGCCGCAGCCACCGCAGCCACCGCCAACUGAAGCUCCCGCCCCCGCUACUCCUCCGGCCCCGAAAGAACCCACUCCGGCUCCGCCCCCGCCGCCCGAUCCUGAAAAAGAGCGCCUGCAAAGGGAGCUUGCUGAAUUCAAGGCCGAACAAGAGAGGGCCAAGGAGGCAGCAAAGCAGCGGGAGCUGGAGGAGAAAAUCCGCAAAGAUGCUGAGGAUGCCCUGGCGAGGAAGAUGGAGGAAAUGAGACUACAGCAGGAGGAGGCCAAGAAAGAGAUUGAGCGAGCCCGAUUGGAAGCUGAUCGCAUAGCUCGCGAAAGAAUCGAGGCCGAGAGGAAGGCAGAAGAGGAUAGAAGGCGACAGCAUGCCGAAGCUAUGGCCCGGGCAGAGGAAACUGCGAGACUCAAAUUUCAAGCAGAAAUCAAGGCAGCCGAAGAGCGGAGAAGGAGAGAAGACGAAGACCGCGCUAGGGCCGAGGAGGCAGCUCGUCUCCGUCUAGAAGCUGCCAUCAGGGCAGAGAGCGCUGCCAAGGCGGCUGCUGAGAAGAAGGCCGCCGAAGAAGCAGCUCGAAUUGAAGAGCAAACUCGCCUCCGGCUUGAAGCCGCCAUGAAGGCCGAGGCCGAGGCCAAAGCGGCUGCGGCAAAGAGAGCUGCUGAAGAAGCUGCCCGGAUUGAGGAAGCAGCCAGAGCUCGUGUCGAGGCGGCUCUCAAGGCGGAGGCCGACGCCAAGGCCGCAGCGGCAAAGAAGGAGGCUGAAGAGGCCGAGAGAAUCAGAUUGAUCCAUGAAGAAGCCAAACUCAAGGCCGAGGCUGAACACCGGGCCCGGCUCGAAGCAGAAAGAGAGGCGGCACAAAAAGCUGCUGAAGCUGCCGCCGCUGCAAAAGCCGAGGCUGAGGAACUGAAGAAGAGGAUCCAAGAUGAGACUAGGGCCACCAUUGAAGAAGCGACUAGAAAAGCAGACGAGGCCGCCAAAAAGGCAGAGUUGGCUCCUAUCAAGUUCAAAGACGCCGUCGGUCGGAAAUUUAGCUUCCCCUUUCACUUGUGCAAUACCUGGCAGGGAAUGGAGGAGUUGAUAAAGCAGGCCUUCCUACAGGUGGAUGUCCUAGGGCCACAUGUCCAAGAGGGCCACUAUGACCUGAUCGGUCCUAAUGGCGACAUCAUCCUUCCCUCUGUUUGGGAGAAGGUGGUUGAGCCGGAUUGGGCCAUUACCAUGACCAUGUGGCCGCUCGACAAGGCACCACCAGACCAUCUGCCCCCGGGAAUGCCCCCGCUCAACCGACCAAGACCCGGUGGCAUUAAUAUUCCUCCUCCCCCUCCUGGAGGAGGAGGUAUUCCUCCUCCGCCUCGGGGACCGCCAGUUGUGCCCCCCGGUAUUAAGAUUGUUAAUGCUGCGCCGCCCAAGAAGAAGAGUGGCGGCGGUAGCAGUAGCAAGCAAAACACCAGCAUGCUGAACUUCCUUUCUGGAAAGCCUGUGAAAAAGAAGUCAUCUAGCAGGAAAUAA